GUGCCGCCAUGAGGCGCGGGGAGCGGCGCGGGCCCGGCCCGGGCCCCGGUCCCGGUAAGGCCGCGCUGGAGGAGCCGAGCCCGCAGCACAACGGCCCCGGCCCCGGGCCCGGGCCCCGCCGCAGCACCGAGUCCGAGGUCUUCGACGACGGCACCAACACCUUCUUCUGGAGAGCUCAUACCUUAACAGUCCUCUUCAUCCUCACGUGCGCGCUGGGCUACGUGACCCUGCUUGAAGAAACACCUCAAGACACAGCCUACAACACAAAGAGAGGUAUCGUUGCCAGUAUCUUGGUUUUCCUGUGUUUUGGAGUGACACAAGCUAAAGAUGGACCAUUUUCAAGACCUCAUCCAGCUUACUGGAGGUUUUGGCUGUGUGUCAGCGUUGUCUAUGAGCUCUUCCUCAUCUUUAUCCUCUUCCAGACAGUCCAGGACGGGCGGCAGUUCAUGAAGUACAUUGACCCACAUUUGGGUGUUCCUUUGCCAGAAAGGGACUAUGGUGGCAACUGCCUCGUCUAUGAUCCUGGCAAUGAAACGGAUCCAUUUCACAACAUCUGGGACAAACUGGAUGGAUUUGUCCCUGCUCACUUUUUUGGCUGGUACCUGAAGACGCUGAUGAUUCGGGACUGGUGGAUGUGUAUGAUCAUCAGUGUGAUGUUCGAGUUCCUGGAGUACAGCCUGGAACACCAGCUUCCAAACUUCAGUGAAUGUUGGUGGGAUCACUGGAUAAUGGAUGUGAUCCUGUGUAAUGGAUUAGGAAUUUACUGUGGGAUGAAGACUCUGUCUUGGCUUUCGUUGAAAACCUACAAAUGGCAAGGACUUUGGAACAUUCCUACAUACAAGGGUAAAAUGAAGAGAAUUGUCUUCCAGUUCACCCCCUACAGCUGGGUGAAGUUUGAGUGGAAGCCGGCGUCCAGCCUGCGCCGCUGGCUGGCCGUUUGCGGCAUCAUCUUUGUAUUUUUAUUGGCAGAGCUCAACACCUUUUACUUGAAGUUUGUCCUUUGGAUGCCACCAGAGCACUACUUGGUCCUGUUGCGACUUGUCUUUUUUGUCAAUGUGGGAGGUGUGGCCAUGAGGGAGAUCUACGACUUCAUGGAUGACCCGAAGUUCCACAAGAAGCUGGGCCAGCAGGCAUGGCUGGUGGCUGCCAUCACUGCCACGGAGUUCCUCAUCGUCGUCAAGUACGAUCCCUACACGCUCACCCUCUCUCUUCCCUUCUACAUUACCCAGUGCUGGAUCCUGGGGAUUAUCCUGGUGCUCACCUGGACAGCCUGGAGGUUCUUCAUUCGUGACAUCACCCUGCGGUAUAAGGAGAUCAGGAGGCAGAAGCAAGAGCACAAACAUGAAAAGGACAAAUGCUUGAGCAAUGGUGAUGGACACUCAGCAAUGCUGGAGGAACAGAACGGGAGCAAACUGAGGGAGAGGAAACUCUGAGCCAUGGACAGAGGGCUGAGAGGAACCCGUAGUGCUCAAGCUGGCCUGGUGGACAGUUUCAACCUUAUCCUACCUAACUUGUCCUUGUCAUUGUUAGCUUUCCAAGGUGUGAGAUCCUCUGGGGGAAGAUGUCACUUGGGCAUACAUACACACCCUUUCUCCUCGUGUGCAGCUGGUCAGAGAGGGGGAAAGUCUGUGUGGAGGAAAGUGAGAACCAGCAUCACUGCGACGAGACGGGAUCUUCAUCCUGGCGUGUUUUACGUCUUCCUUCCAGCCGGGUUUGGAGACGAGGGGUUUGACAGCGGAGUGCGAAGGGAGCGCAGCUGAUGUAGCCAGUUAAACUGUGAGAUUUC